AUGUUUAGGUCUCUUAUGUGGGUACAAGGGCCAUCUGGUCAUGACGAGGAAAGCCUCCUGCGAACACGAAACGCUCCUCUGACAAAACAUGCGGACCAGAUGGCACGCCUGCAAAGAUUUAUGAUAAUAGUCCUCACGCUCCUCUCAAGCGUAACGAUACUCCCCAUUAUUGAAACAUCACUUCAAUCGCUAUGGGCCAAAACGAGCACGCCCUCAACAUUCUCUCAAAUGCCGCCCCUUUAUGGAGCUUAUCACGACCAUGAGUUAGAGGUUUCGCGUCAGAAUGGGGACCCACAAGGCGCAAAAUACCUGUAUUUUGCUAAUCAUGCUCGCGGAUUUGGAUGGGGCUACAACAUGCAGGAGCUCCUUCUCCAUGCAUACGUCGCGUACCGCACAAAUAGGACCUUCGUCUGGUACAACUAUACCUGGAACGAUGACGGCUCCAAAUGGACUUUGUAUAAUAACCAACCAAUCCCUUCUCGCAUACCUCUUUCUGCAAUCCUCGAUGGCCCGGCGGUUGGCGCGUCUGUCUUCACGGAUGCUGGUGCCGCGCAGCCGGUAGGGAUCGUGGAAGAGCACUUCUACAAUAUCUGCCCAGAAUCGACAAGGAAGAAGAUCCUAAAUGAAGACAUGAUCGCCACGCUUGGGCGUGAGCCCACAGCCGACACCAUCGUGAACGAAUGGGUCAAGGUCCUCAGCGGUGCCAACGACAAAUGCGUCGAGGUACCCCGUGACGCCCUACCAGUAUUUGAUAUCCGGACGACGUUUUCCCCCGCGCGCUUGCUCGACGUAUGGCCUGGAUACUCGACGUCACCUCUCUUGCGCGAGUUUCGCUGGUCGCCACUUGUCGAGCUAGCUUUCGAGACGAAUCUAGCACUCGUCGCGCCCAGCCUUGCGUCCGCGUCCACAUCAAACCAUACCCCGCAGUCUUUGCCUACCCCAGCUGACAGCUCUCCCAUGCUAAGCGCAUCGCGGUAUACUCAGAUUCCGGGGCUGCUCGUGCUCCAUGCACGCCGGGGCGAUUUUCAAAAACACUGCGAGAAUCUCGCCCGUCUGUCUUUAGGCUUCAACGGCUUCAACUCGUUGCCCGAGCUCCCGGACAGGUUCGAAAUUACCGAGGCCGACGAGGCCGAGCGCGUCAAGCGGUACCGCCCGCGGUGCUUCCAGAAUAUCGCGGAGAUUGUUGCACGGGCGGAGCGUGCGCAUGUGGAGGAGACAUAUGGUAGAGGGAGAGCGCUGAGGGACCUGCACGUCAUGACAAACGGCCCGACGCCCUGGGUCGAGGAGCUGAAGGGGGCGCUUCGCGAGACGGGGCACUGGAGCAGCGUGACGAGCAGCAGGGAUCUGGUCGUCAAUGUGGAGCAGCGCUACGUGAAGCAGGCGGUGGAUAUGCUCAUCGGGCAGCGGGCGCAGGUGUUCGUCGGAAACGGGGUGCGUGUCAUCCGGCUCGCACUAUCCGCUGCGUGCCACACAGUUGACUGA